GCCGUGGAGGCCGCGCAGGCCGCGCAGGCCGCGGAGGCCGCGCAGGCCGCGCAGGCCGCGGAGGCCGCGGAAGCCGCGGAGGCUGCAGAGCGCAAGCGAGGCUGCGGAGACUGCGGAGCACGGAAACGGCCGCGCAAGCCGCGGAGGGCGCAAGCCGCCAAGGUCGCGGGCGCGCAGGCCGCGAAAGCCGCGCAGGCCGCGCAGGCCGCGGAAGCCGCGGAAGCCGCGGAGGCUGCGGAGGCCACGCAAGCCGCGGAGGCCGCGCAGGUCGCGGAGGCCGCGGCCGCAGAGGUCGCCGAGGCCGCGGUGGUCGUCGACCUCCGAGGCCGCGGAGACUGCGGAGCACGGAAACGGCGCAAGCCGCCGAGGCCGCGGAGGCCGCGUAGGUCGCGGAGCCCGGGAACCGCGCAAGCCACGGAGGCCGCGCAAGCCGCAAAGGUCGCGGGCGCAAAGGCCGCGGAGGCCGCGGGGGCCGAGGAAGCCGCGGGCCGCGGCCGCGCAAGCCGCGCAAGCCACGCAGCCCCCAGCGACGCAAAGGCCGCGACGGCAGCGCAAGCCAACCGCGGGCGCAGCAAUACUCGCGCAACAGCCGCCGCGCCACGCUUGCAGCUGCCCCUGACGCAGAAGGCAGCGCCACCGCGCGCCCGUACGGAGACUGCGCAAGCUGCGGCGGCCGCGCAAGUCGCGGAGGCCGAGGAAGCUGCAAAGGCCGCGACGGCAGCACAAGCCGCGGAAUCUGCGGCAGCCGCGCAAGCCGCAGCGAGCGUGCAAGCCGCGGAGGCUUCGCAAGCCACGGCAGCCGCGCGGGUCGCUGAGGCCGAAGAGGCCGCAGAGGCCGUGGAGCCCGGAAGCCGUGGAGGCCGCGUAGGCCGCGGAGAAUGGAGACCGCGCAAGCCGUGGAAGCCGGCAGCCGCGCAAGUCACGGACGCGGAGGCUGCCGAGGCCGCGGAGGGCGCGCAGACCGCGGAGGCCGCGGAGAUCGCGCAGGCCGCGCAGGCCGCGGAGGCCGCGGAGGCCGCGCAGGCUGCGCAGGCCGCGGAAGCCGCGGAGGCCGCGCAGGCCGCGCAGGCCAUGGAAGUCGUGGAGGCCGCGGAGGUUGUGGAGGUCGCGGACGCCGCGCAGGCCGCGGAGGCCGCGCAGGCCGCAGAGGUUGCGCAUGGCCGCGCAUGGCCGCGCAGCCCGCGCAAGCCGCGGGCGCGCAGGCUGCGUGAGGCCGCGGAAGCUGCGCAGGGCCACGGAUGGUCGCGGCGGACGCGCCGAG